AUGUACAAAUUAGUGUUACAGAAAUCUGUCAGAGUGAGAGGUGUCAGUCAGGGUAGUCACAUUUCCCUUGUCGCAACAGACCGAGCCUGGGUCAGUGAUUGGGUUAACAAUCUUAUCUUGACAAACACAUCGGGUGAUGAAUUGCAUCGUCUGACAGAUAUAAAACAAUAUAGUGAUGGAAUUCAUACAGUGAAUGGUGACGAUGAUUUAAUUUAUAUAGACAGAGACCAUAAUAUCAACAAACUGUCUAAAGAUAACAUAGUAAAGACAACAUUGAUAAAGUUCAUGGCACCAUGGAGACCAAUGUGUGUCUACAGCUCCCCCUCAAGUUGAGACCUGCUGGUCGGGAUGUGCCAUACUGAUACAACGCAAUAUACAGGCAAGGUUGUCCGGUAUAACUCCGAAGGCGAAAACAUCCAGACCAUACAGCUCGACAACAAAGGUCAUAGAUUAUAUAAUAUACCUAGCUACAUUACAGAGAACAACAAUGGAGAUGUUAUUGUGUCGGACUUUCUCCAUGCUGUAGUUGUUAUAGAGCGUGGAGGUAGACACCGCUUUUCCUACAGAUGACCUUUAUCAGGAUCACGACUAUUUCCACGUGGAAUCUGUACUGACGCGCUGUCACACAUCCUGGUGUGUGAUUAUAGAACCCACACGAUACAAAUUGUAGACAGGAACGGUAACACCCUGUCACAGAUACAGACAUCAGAACACGGCAUAGACAGACCAUGCGGCCUGAGUUAUGAUGAUGACAAACAACUACUUUGGGUAGGGUCAGACGACAACAACACAGUCAACAUAUACAGAGUGGUAGAUAGAGACUCUCUGACCGGUCUCCCUCUGGAGGAUUUUAAGUGCAAGAAUCAUCCAAGCUGUCCAUUAUCUCAGUUCUGUGUCCCGUGUGAGGUUACUUUGUGUCAGAUGUGCAUCAGCACCUCUGAUGAUCAUAAAAAACAUGAUGUUUGCGAUGUUCAAAAAUUGUUCAGUGAAAUUCACAAGAAAAAAGAUAGAGAUGCAAUUUUGAUGUGCCUUUUGCUUUGCCCUUCAUACAAGAUAAAUCUGGAAGAUGAAGAGUGGAUAAAGAAGUAUAAUGCUGCUGCUGAAGUGUUCAAAUUUAGGACAAUUAAGGAGGCGUUCAAUCUUCAAAUUCGAAAUUUAAAGAAGUACAAACCAAUACUGAAACAGAAUAGUGUAGAUAUUGAAUUUUCUCAUGAAUUCUUUAGAGACAACUGCUUUCUUAGAUAUGCUGAAAAUAGAAAGUUUGUGAAUGUAUUUCUGGAUUGGGCAGAAAAAGAAAACAUUGCAAAAUACUGCAGAUCAUCAAAUUAUCUAAGAAAAAAGACCGAAAAGGAAGUUUGCUGUUGGUUAUUGCCAAAUCAAACAGAACAACUGAUAGAAAGACUUGGAGAGGACAUGUUCACACAUGUAACGAUGAUGGACCUAUCAAUACAUGAAUUAGUAUAUAGCAAGCUUGGUAUACCAGUAAAGGUUAUAAUGAGAGGAGAUGAGUCUGUGAGGAAUUUUAUGGAUAACCUGAAGAAAGGAGAGACGACCAUGUACCACGCCUCCGGAAUGAUCAUUGGGUGUGCUGGUAGUGGGAAGUCAACCCUGCUAGAAAGACUGAAGGGAACCAACCUGAUAGAAAUCCUAGAAAGCUCAAAGUCAACCAGAGGAAUUGAUGUGCAGACUGACAUAUUUGAUGUAACUGGAAAUACAAUUAAGGUAAACUCAUCAAACCAAAAACAACGCUUUAAAGUUAAAAUUGAGGAAUCAAGUAAACAAAAGACUAUUCUAGAACAGCCAGCCGAAUUAUCUGGUGAUACGAAAAAGCUGAACAUUGAAAAGAAAGGGUAUCAAAAUGUGACAACCGAUAAAGCUAGCGAUAAAGAAUCGGUCAGUGAUGAAGAAAUUAAACACGAGGGCUUGAAAACAGAAUCCGAAUCACGUAAAGGAAGUGAAGCUUCUGCCUUUGUGGAAAAAGAAGAGGAAACAGUUCAAAACAGACAAGAUGUCUCUAAGGAAUCAGAUAUAUCAGGAGUUUUACGAGUUUCUAAAGAUAUUUCAGAUGAUCCCGAGAAAAAAAUUACCAUGACGGACUUUGCAGGACAGUGUUCAUAUUAUGCCUCACACCAGAUUUUUCUGAGUCCACGUGCUUUCUUCAUUCUGGUGCUGAAUAUGGAGAAGUUUGAUGAUGAGGUUGGAGAAGAAGUAUGUUGUACGAAAGGCUCCAUCUAUGAAGGAUGGACACACAGAGAUUAUCUAACAUUCUGGGCCAAGUCCAUUCACCAGUACAGCAGUGAAAAAGCUCCUAUUAUACUGAUUGCUACUCAUGCUGAAGAAAAAACAGAACAGGUGUCUGAGAUCUUACCGGGAAUUUUUGAAGAAAAAGAGUUUUUCUUUGAAAUAUGGAAAACUUUGGAGACAGAGGACAGAUCCCUACAAGGUCAUCUUGGUACAAGAAGGAAGUUUGCUGUAGGGUUCCAUGACAGUGAAUGCAUUAAAAAAAUCAAAACAUCAAUUGUUGAUGUUGUUCAAAAUCUUGAUCACUGGGGUGAGAAGCUUCCAUGCUCAUGGGCAAUGUUUGAAAAAUUCUUUCAGGAGACGAAAACGCUUAAAAUAAUCGAUAAAGAAAAGCUGCUUGCCUUUAACAAAACAUUACCACAGAACAUAAAAUUGGAGAAUGUCGAAGAUAUUAACACCAUGCUGCAGUUUUUUCAUGACGUCAGAGAAAUUUUGCAUUUUGACCAAGGAAUUCUGGGUGAAAUAAUUAUUCUUGAUGUUCAGUGGUUUGCAGAUGCAUUCAAAAAUGUAAUAACUGAUGAAAAACACGCAGAGGAAGAUAUAUAUCAACUUGCAUCAGAAUGGUUGAAAUUCAGUGAAACUGGAGAAUUGAGUGACUCUUUGCUGUCUGCUAUAUGGGGAAUGUCAAACAAUGGAUACCUUGAACACAAAGAAAAAAUCAUGCUCUAUAUGGAAAAACUAGGACUCCUGGCUAAAAUGGAAGAUAACAAAUGGUAUGUACCCUGUAUGAACAAGAGACCAUUUCCUGCAAAAUGCUUUUCAUUAUACCCUGCCUCCUCCAUCCUCUGCUACAUGUUUGAUGUUCUUCCAGCUGGUAUUUUUCAGCGUCUUGUAGCAAGUUGCAUGCAGUUUCCAGUGUUGUCAAAGAAAAUAAGAAUGGAAAAAGAAAAUCCAUGCAUUUACCAGACAGCAGCCGUGUUUCUGUUUGAGAUACACUGCAUUCUGCUUGGAAUGACUCAAUCAGAAAUUCAGUUGCAGGUGUACGUAAUUGAGGGAGAAGUAGAAAUAUCCACAUGUUUGAAGAUAAGGGAGAAGGUUGAGAGUGAAUUGCAUACUCUGUCCACUACAUUUCAAAGAAAUUUGAAAUUCAAAAUUGGCUUUAAAUGCAGACCAAUCGGCUUUUGUGACAGUGAAAGAAGUCAUGUGAUCAAGGAAUCCGAGCUAACGGAGCCGACUCUUCUGUGCCCUUUCUGUCCUGUGGAGAAAAAGCACAUUAUUGACACGACAGAAAUCACCAAAUACUGGAAACAGAUGAAGGCAAGCGCUUCUACAACUCCAGUGGCCUCUGGACAAGACCUAGGGGACCGAUCAAGAUUUGCAAAACUUGGAAUGGCAACGAACGAUGUGUUAAAUCAGGCAUACAGAGAUAUACUGGAGAUGGAAGUGUCACAUUCCGACAUUGAGAAAAAAGUCAAAGCAUCACCUGUUUAUAAAAGAUUGCGCCCAGAACAAGAGCAUCUCUUGCAGGAUGCUAAACAUUCGGGAUAUAAGAAUUUUGAUAUCUCUUUAACAUACACAUUGAUCAGAAACAUUCGCAAAAAGAUUGCUAAACCAACAAAAGGAAAAUGGGGAGAAGAACCCGCAGUAGGAGAUGUGACCGUAGGUGAUGAUAUAGAGAGAAUUAGGUCAAUCCGAAACGGUCUGACUGCACAUGUGUGUUCUGCUUCCACAUCUCAGACAGAAUUCGAUGACACCUGGUCAAUGAUGUCAGAUAUCUGCAAAAGAUUGGAAAUCACCACUGGAAAGAAGUAUUUGGAUGAUCUUAAUAAUAUUCAAAAACUGACCUUAAGGAAAGAAGAUGAGAAUACUAUUAUAGAAAAGGUCAAAAUGGAAAGCCAGCAUGAAAUGGUGAAAGCAAUUAUGACAGAUGUGCAAGAAAUUAAAGCAGCAGUAUUGAAGGCUGAAAGCAAGCAUGCUUCGAAUGUUUAA